AUGACGAGGCCUGACACUAUUCCCGUCUCUUUCACCGUCCAGGGAGUUACGAUCCCAGCCCUUGGUAUGAGCACAUUCCCCGGUGAUGCAACCAGAGAGAAGGUUAAGGAUGUCGUGUACAAGGGCCUGUUGUGCGGGUAUCGCCACAUCGACACGGCGGCCGCGUAUAUAACCGAGCAGGAGGUCGGAGAAGCGAUUGUAAUGAGUGAAAUUCCGCGAGAAGAUAUCUUCGUGACUGCCAAGCUACCCCAAACGUGCCACGAUGCGAGCGAGGUCGAGGCUGCUCUUGAUCGCAGCUUGAAGGCGCUCAAAUUGGACUACGUGGACCUUUAUCUCAUGCACUUUCCGCAUGCCUACAUUAAAGGCCCCGAACACCGGCCACGCCAAAAUCCCGAUGGAAAUCGCAUGGUUGAUUACCUUUUAUCCACGCGAUAUCCUGCAACCUGGCGUGCCAUGGAACGGCUUGUCGACAAGGGCAAAGCGAGACUCAUUGGGGUCGGCAAUUUCAACAUUCUCAAGCUCAGGAAGUUGCUUCGAACGGCCCGCAUCCGGCCCGCUGUCAACCAGGUCGAACUCCAUCCCUAUCUCCCACAGACCAACCUGCUGGAGUUUUGCAGAAUGGAGGGAAUCCAUGUCAUGGCUCAUCAGCCGCUCGGGGGCAAGCCUUUGUUGAUGGAUAUCGGGCACAAGCGUCAUAUGAGACCAUUGACAGACACGGAUAUUUUCCAGCUGUCCCGAAAGAGGUUUCGGUCUCCGGCCCAGCUCAUCCUCUCCUGGAUCGUGCAGCAGAAUAUCUCUGUGGUCCCCAGGACCAGCCGGAUCACACAUCUAAUAGAGAACAUGAAUCUGAAGCGGUUGACCACCGAAGAAACAGUUGCCAUGUCGCUGAUUACCAGGCUGGUGGGAGAAUUCCGUUUCUCGGACCCUCGCCACGAACUUGGAUUUGAUAUCUUUGAUGAAGAAGAAGACCAGCCGGCGAAGGAAUGGUGGGAAGAGACUCUGACAAAGGACAGUUAUAAGCUUCUGAUAGUCUCCUGA